AGUAUUAAUCAGCUGAUCUUAAGUUUGUAAUAUAUUAGACUAUACAUAUUAAGGGAAAUUGAAUAUUAAGUGAAAAAUAAAUUCUUGUAAACUUUCUAUUUCGUAUAAAAUGAGUUCUACUACAGCCACUGCCCUUUUCGCUUGCUCCCGUUGUUUUUCAAGACACCCAUUCGAAGAAUUGUCUCCUGGUGAACAACUCUGCAAGGAGUGUCGUGGAUCGUUCCCAGUCGUGAAAUGCACUUAUUGCCGCUCAGAAUUUCAGCAAACGAGCAAAUCAAAUACCUCAUCUAUUUGUAAGAAAUGUGAAGCGAAUGUCAAAGCAUACGGAAAGCCAACGGCAUGUGAAUAUUGCAACAUAAUUGCUGCAUUCAUUGGAAACAAAUGCCAACGAUGCACAAACUCAGAGCGCAAGUAUGGUCCAGCAGUCACAUGUGAACAAUGCAAACAAAGGUGUGCCUUUGACCGACAUGAUGAUAGUAAAAAGGUGGAUGGAAAGUUGCUAUGCUGGUUGUGUACACAGUCGCUAAAGAGAGCACUGGCACGGACUAAUCAACAUAUUUCAUCUGUUGAUAAACACAAGCACAGAGGACACAAGUCUAAAGGCAGUCAUAAAGACAAACGCAAAUCAGAUGCUAUGAAGAAGAACGCAAAUGAUUCACUUAAUGAUAUGCCGCACGAGAAGAAAUCAAAACUGAAUCCGCUGCAAGGUUUGUACCCAGCGGAGUUGGACCCCAACAGUUCGGACCACGUGGUGGCCAUGACGCAGCUCAGGGAAACCAUUGCCAGUCUACAGAAAAAAGUACAACAGAAAGAUAUGGAACUACUUUCCAAGGACAAAUUGAUCACAGAACUGAAGGCCCAGCACCACAACGAUACGACAGACCUCCGUACAGAAAUGAAGAACAAGGAACGACUCAACGAGAACAAAUUUAAUCUAAUGAAUACAAAGAUACAAAAUUUACUGAAAGAAGUCGCCACGCUCAGUAAAACUGCUAGGAAAAAUAAUAAAAAUACCAAAUCUGCUCUAGCGAAUACAGAGAAUAGUGGUAGUGGUACAGACAGCCCGAGUACCAAUUAGAACAAUCUAUUUGUUUUUAGUUUUCUUUUUUUUUAUUUUAUAUUGCGACUGCGAUGUGUAUGGAAAUAUACUGGUUUUACAAAAGCAUAAACCGUAAAUAUAAAUAUAAUUUAAUAUGCCCUUUUUUAUAUUUGGACUUACUGGCCCGUUCCAUUGUCAGCAUGGACUUAUCAUGGGUUUUUAUUUUUUAAUCGUUUCUUGUACAAGGGCCAAUAAUCCAUUUUUCUCGCUCGAACGGCCGCGACACGUAGGUAGUAUUCUAUUUAAUUUUACCACCCUAAAAUAUUACAUAAAUGUAAAAUCUAAAUAUUAUUACUUAAUAUAUCCUUUUAUAUUUGAACUAGCGUUCGCUCCACCGUUGUUUGUACAAGAGCCAUUAUAAAAGUAAUCCAAUUUUAUCUCGCCCCAACGGCCGGGAAACGCAGGUAAUAUUGUAUUUAAUUUAACCCCCCUAAAAUAACAAAAUAAAACAAGAGGGCAUAAAAUAUUCAAUAGAUUUCAUGGGUUUAUUUAAAAACCUUACAAUAGUUACAGGUAUUUGGAUCAAUGCGUUUUUAUACCUUAGCGUCCAGUCUUAAGAUGAAAUAGUUUUUAAAUAUUCCCACAAGUAAGCGGCGUUUAAUUUCCUAUCGUUUACCUUCCUUUGUAACUGGCAAAUAUGAUUUGAUAUAGGAAGCUUUCAUCAGGGUAAGUCGCGCACUUGUUUUCUCUCUUUACCAGGCAUGAUGUGAUAGAGAUUACCCACGCGGUUAAAUCACGCAUAUUUUGAACGUACAGCUAACACCAAUCAUAAUAUGUUUCAUCAUCACCAACCGGAAGACGUCCACUACUUGACAAAGGCCUCCCCCACGGAUUUCCACGAAGGACCAACGUAUUCCAGCGAUCUUGAACAGAUCAUCGGUCGAUCUUGUGGGGGGCCUACCAACACUGCGUCUUUCGGUACGUGGUCGCCAUUCGAGGACUUUACUGCCCCAACGGCCAUCUGUCCGUCGAACUAUCUGCCCUGCCCACAGCCAUUUCAAUUUCGCAAUUAUUUGGACUACGUCGGUAACUUUGGUUCCCCUACGGAUCUCCUCAUUUCUGAUUCGAUCUCGUAGGGAAACUCCGAGCAUAGCCCUCUCCAUUGCCCUCUGAGCGACCAUGAGCUUUCUCAUAAGGCCCACGGUUAGCGACCACGUCUGCGUACCGUAAGUGAUCACUAUAUCAUGUAUCACCAAUUCAAAUUUCAUUCUUUAAUUUUCCACACGUUACACCUAUGCAAGAAACAUACGGGGCUAGUAGUUGAU